AUGGCUCGUGCGAACGGAGCGCCUGCGACAUUUCGCUGCUCCAUCGGAUGGGUCCGUCGUGCUUUGCGCCGCCAGGGUGUCCGGUGCAUGAGCGCUGUCGGCGAGGUGGCCGACCAGGAUUUGAACGCCGUGCGCACUAACAAGGAGAAGCUUCUGCAGCUUCUCAUGCAUCUCGGCGUGCGCCCGCGAGACACUUUCAACUUUGAUGAAACCGCGCUGUACAUCUCCGUGCUGCCGCGCAAGACCUACGGCACGGGCCGCUCGGCUGGCAGGAAGCUCCUGAAGGAACGCCUGACCGUCGGGUUACUGGUUAACGCGGAAGGUUCGCACGCCUUCCGCCCGCUCGUCAUCUCCAAGGCAAAGCGCCCUCACGAUUUCAGGCCCGACUUCGACCCCGAGGAAUACUGCUACUGGCGCAACACGGCUAAGGGGUGGAUGACCAAGUCGUUGUUAACGCAUUUCAUCGAGCAGAUGGACACCGUAAUGCACGCUGAGGGGCGCAACAUCGUCGUGCUGCUCGACAACGCUAGCAGUCACACCCUGACAACCGAGGGCGCCAUCACCGAAGAUCUCUUCGGUUUCCGCACACGCGCGCUCAAGAAUGUGCGCCUCGUGUACCUACCGCCGGACACCACCUGCUUCACUCAGGCCCUUGACCAGGGCAUGAUCGCGAUGACGAAGGCGCGGCACAGGCAGCAACGGGCGGCGACGGGCAGCACAGGCACGGGCAGCAACGGGCGGCAACGGGCAGCACAGGCACGGGCAGCAACGGGCGGCAACGGGCAGCACAGGCACGGGCAGCAACGGGCGGCAACGGGCAGCAAAGGGCGGCAACGGGCAGCACAGGCACGGGCAGCAACGGGCGGCAACGGGCAGCACAGGCACGGGCAGCAACGGGCGGCAACGGGCAGCACAGGCACGGGCAACAACGGGCGGCAAAGGGCAGCACAGGCACGGGCAGCAACAGGCGGCAACGGGCAGCACAGGCACGGGCAGCAACAGGCGGCAACGGGCAGCACAGGCACGGGCAGCAACAGGCAGCAAUGGGCAGCACAGGCACAGGCAGCAAUGGGCGGCAACAGGCAGCACAGGCACGGGCAGCAACGGGCGGCAAUGGGCAGCACAGGCACGGGCAGCAACGGGCGGCAACGGGCAGCACAGGCACGGGCAGCAACGGGCGGCACGGGCAGCAACGGGCGGCAACAGGCAGCAAAGGCACGGGCAGCAACAGGCAGCACAGGGAGGCAGCCGUACUGA